CAACACUAUUAGUGACCGCGCGUCGUGAUAAUCGUGCAGCACCCUACUAUCAUGAGUAGCCGGCAAUCGUGCAAUCUUUAUCCAUUCUGAUAAAUGGAAUCCGAGUGCGAGGCGGGCUGUGGUUCAACGAGUCUUCGCGUCGGAGACGAUGGAUACACGUACUGUUCGGAAGGACAUCGUCAAUGGGCACGAGGUACGCAAGUAGUCGAGGAUACAGACGGUGUGCCACUUUUCGGUAAGAAGGCACGUCGAGAACGAGAUGUUGAAGAGAAUGUCGAGACUGCUUUGACUGGUAAAAGAGCAUUCGAGCAUUACUUGCUAUGCUUCCAGCUGGUGCUAUGGAAACAAGUGCAUUGGUUAAUUCACAUAAAACAACUUCCGGACGAGCUCGAAAAUGUGGUACGCGACAUCUGGGCUCUUCGUUUACAAAGCCUCCAAUCUCGUGUCAGCUACGAGUCAGAGAGCGAGGCCGAGCAAAGCUCGCAACUGUACAGUUCUCAAUCCGAAGCAGAAAGGACUGACGAUGCAUCAUCAAAUCGAAAGGCUAGGAAGAGCAAGAAUGACGCCGUACCUAAGCUUGUCGAUGCUCUGAGUAUGUGCUACAUCGGUUGCCUCCUGCUGAGACUCCCGGUGACCGUCAGCGAUGUUUACACGUGGGCGGCCAGUGGCGAACUGAUAUAUUACAGAGCUGUCAAGGCUCUUUCCGAGCCGAUGAAGUCUCGCCUGCCUUUCAAUUACAACAAGAUCAUGGAUCCUCAAGAUGUCUUGAGCCCGGUGGCAGUGCAACAGGCCGUACUCGACAAUAUCACAGCUUUCGAUCGCGCUUUUGGGAUGAAUAUACCACCAAUCAACCACAUCCUAGUCCUUUACCGAUGGAUACGCAAUCUUGCACUUCCUCUAGAGGCUUACUCAGCUACACUGCGGCUGGCAAAACUCCUUGACAUCACGUUCGUCUAUGAUGUACAGGUCAAACGCGCCAUGAGGUAUCGUGUUAUACAAUAUGCUGAAGCUCGACUCAUGGCUGUCCUUGUCAUUGCGACCAAAUUGUUAUUUCCUUUGGACAAUGUUAAACGCUACCCCAAAAAUACUACCGAGCUCUCUGCUCUGAACAUGGAUUGGUCAACCUGGAGUAAAGCACGAGUGGAUUACAACGACACCAUCAAGUCAAGCACACCGCUCGGAUAUCAAGAGGCUAUGCAGGUUCAGGAAAAGGAUGUACUCGACAUGUCUGAGGAGAAGCUUGACGAGUAUAUGGACUGGUACGGCUCUGUAUUUGCCGAAGAGAAGGUACGCGAAAAGGGAAGAGUUGGCAAAGAAGCCGAAUUUCGUAGAGCACUCCUGCGCUUCUUUCCGAUUGAACGCCCGAACAAAGAGCCGCCUGAAAGUAUGGAUAUUGAUCCAGAUGCCGAACCCAUAGCCGAAGAUGAGCGGCUCAGAAAGGUGCAAAGCAGUUUACGCCCAGCUCGCGUAAGGGCGGGUUCGACAGCGAGUGAGCUCAACGUCACCCGGCCUGGCAACAGCUACAAGAGAUACAGAAACGUUAGCGAGCUCGAUGGCUAUGCUAAGGAGUUCUACGAUGAGGCUGCUAGUCUGGCUGCACUACCACUGAACUCACUUGUCAAGUGCGUCUUUGUGUUAGAGAAAAGAUUGGAGAGAUGGGAAAGUAGCGAAAGGAAGAGGUAGAGAGAUCGUUGUGCUCGGUUCAAGAUGUUAUAAAUCCGCUCGAAUGCUCAUUCGCCUUGUCACACCUCUUAUACAACGAGUGUCUCUGCAGGGUAGCUCAUGGAGUGCUAUAGAAUAGAAAAUCAGAAUAAAGAAGCAUCCUAUAGAGUAUGCUUCCCGCAAAAUUGCCUGUAAAAGUCCCUCAUCCAGCUUGGCUAUGCAA